GAGAAGAUGCCAAACAGAGUAGCUUCGGUGGAUGGUUGAGCUGAACGUAACAUUCGCUGCUGCUGCGAUUCCUAGGCUGUCGAUCCAACCCCCUGAUUUAGUAAUACUUUUCUCUGCAAAAUUCACAUCACCGCCUUUCGGCAGGAACGACUACGGAUCAGCCCGCAAGGGAUUCAAGCAGAAAACAUCUGGGGCCAACUAAGGCUCAUCUAUAUUGCCAAGGACGGCAAAGCCUCCUUCUCGGUGUUCGCGGACAUCUUCCGGGGCUGAAACGCCUCCGUCAACAGUGGCACGAUGGUCGGCUUGAAGCCCACGGACAUCCCCCCCUCAGCAACCGUCAAGUUUCUCAGCGCCGGGACGGCUGCCUGCAUUGCUGACCUUUUCACCUUCCCCCUGGACACGGCCAAAGUCAGGCUGCAGAUUCAAGGGGAAUGCAAGGCUUCCAGGACAGCGAAGAAGUACAAAGGGGCGUUGGGCACCAUCACUACCAUGGUGAAGACGGAGGGGCCAAAGAGUCUCUACAACGGCUUGGUGGCCGGCCUCCAGCGGCAGAUGAGCUUUGCAUCCAUCCGGAUCGGCCUGUAUGACUCAGUGAAGCAGUUCUACACCCCCAAGGGCUCAGACAGUGCCAGCAUCCCCACCCGGUUACUCGCCGGUUGCACGACCGGAGCCAUGGCCGUCACCUGCGCCCAGCCCACGGAUGUGGUUAAGGUCCGCUUCCAAGCACACAUCAGGUUGGUUGGUGGACCAAAGAAGUACAAUGGGACUGUGGACGCCUACAGGACCAUCGCCAGGGAAGAAGGGGUCCGAGGACUCUGGAAAGGGACCCUGCCGAACAUCAUCCGAAACUCUAUCGUGAACUGUGGGGAGAUGGUAACCUAUGACCUCAUCAAGGAAACGCUGCUGAGAUAUCGCCUGAUGACAGACAAUUUCCCCUGCCAUUUUGUCGCCGCCUUCGGAGCCGGAUUCUGUGCCACCAUCGUGGCAUCUCCCGUGGAUGUGGUCAAAACGAGAUACAUGAACUCCAUCCCUGGACAGUACAAGAACGCUCUGAACUGUAUGUUCACUAUGGUGGUGAAAGAGGGACCCACAGCUUUUUACAAAGGUUUCAUACCCUCCUUCCUGCGCCUGGGAUCCUGGAACGUGGUGAUGUUUGUGUCCUUUGAGCAGCUGAAAAGACUGAUGGUUCUGGCCCAGGUCACCUGGGAAUCCCCUUUCUGAAACCGGAAGCCGGGAAGGAGAAGGUGGAUCGCUCCAAGGACUCCCUGAGAGGAAAACACGGGAGAGGAAAACACAAGAGAGACAGCUUUGGCCAAGGAGCUUUUAGGAAACACUCUUGUCGCGGCGGCAAGGCGCAAACGGCAAUGGUUUUAAUUGCUUCAGAAUGGGCUUGUGUGGCUCCGUGGCGCAUAAUAUUAAAGCUGAGAAAAGGAGGCUUUAAAAAGGACAGAUGUGCCCGUGACUUCUGGGUGCUGCCACCCCAGCAAAAGAUUACCGUGAGACUCUGAUGUUUCCUUGCCCAGGAGGUUUAUCCAGAUUUGAAUGGGGUCUCGUGUGGCCUGGUCCAAAGAUUCUGACUGACAGAGAUGACUUCUGCAACACACCAGCGCCUGCCCUACUGAAACCACGGAAAAUCUGCUGGCAGAUGGAACUCCUGCUGUAAAUACAGAUUGGAUGAAGAAGAAGCAAUUUCCCCCCCCCACCCCCCUGUUCAAGAGGAAAUCAAAGCUCUUC